UCAGGCCAGCUGGGUUGUGAACUGCUACUUCACUUCUCUCUCUCUCUGUCUCUCUGUCUCUCUAUCUCUCUAUCUCUCUCUCUCUCUCUCUUAUUUUCUUUGUAGAUGAACAGUCAUAGACUUUGGGUACAAUACAAAAAUUCAAAGUUCUUUUUAGCUUGUUAGCAUGAACUUGAUUAAGUAAUGAUGUAGAGAGAGAGAUAGUGAAGAGAAGAGUGAGGGUUUCCUUUUCUUGAUACUUUUAACUUAACUUCUCUUUUGGGUUGCUUAAUUUGGUUUUGGUUUAUGUUUUUGGUUUCUUUUACUUGAUUUCUUUUGGAUGGGUUUAGAGGGUGAAGUGGUAGUAGGACAAGUAUUGAAAAAGAAGAAGAAAGAUGAUGGGAGGGAAAAUAGAGAGCAGCAGCAGUGGUUGUUGUACAGUUUUAUACAGCACUACUGUACAAGUUGGUCUAGCAGCAACAGCAUACUUAAGAAUUCUCCUUACAAGUGAAAAUCUUGUACCUUGAAAAAACCAAAAAAAAAAAAACCAAAAGCAAAAACACUCUCAAUAUUGAGCUUCUAAAAGACAUCUCUCUCUCUCUAUCUCUCUCUCUCUCUCUCUCUUGCUCACUGAAAUCCACAAAUUUACACACUCAAAUAUUAACAAACAAAAAAAGAAGAAGAAGAAGAAAGACCUGAUCUCUGUAUCUUUAUAGAGUUGUUUCUUUCUUUCAGAACCAUGAAGAGACUUGGCAGCUCUGAUUCUCUUGGUGCUUUGAUGUCCAUCUGUCCAUCUACAGAUGAACAUAGUCCGAGAAACAGCAACCAUUAUGGGAGGGAAUUUCAGUCCAUGUUGGAUGGUUUAGAUGAGGAAGCCUGUAUAGAAGAAUCAGGCCAUGUCGCGGAGAAAAAAAGGCGACUGAGUGUAGAUCAAGUCAAGGCCUUGGAGAAGAACUUUGAAGUUGAAAACAAGCUGGAACCCGAAAGAAAAGUGAAACUAGCCCAAGAACUUGGUUUGCAACCUAGACAAGUUGCCGUCUGGUUUCAAAACCGCCGUGCACGGUGGAAAACCAAGCAAUUGGAAAGAGAUUAUGGUGUUCUUAAAGCCAAUUAUGAAUCUCUUAAGGUCAAUUACGAUUCCCUCCAGCAUGACAAUGAAGCUUUACUCAAAGAGAUAAGAGAACUGAAGGCAAAGCUCAACGAUGAGAAUACAGAAAGCAAUGUUUCUGUUAAAGAAGAGAUAAUCUUGCCGGAAUCUGAUGACAAAGCAACCAAAAAGCCACCACUAGUUGAUUCUCUGGCAGCGGCAGAAACAAAAGAAGACUUGAACUAUGAUAGCUUCAAUAACAACAAUGGAGUAGCAGAGGUGGCAACUUUUUUCCCAGACUUCAAAGAUGGGUCAUCAGAUAGUGACUCGAGCGCGAUCUUAAAUGAAGAUAACAGUCCAAUUUCAUCAUCUGGGAUACUCCAAAACCACCAGUUAAUUAUGUCUCCUCCACCUGCAUCUUCAUCAUCCUUAGACUGCUUCCAGUUCACAUCAUCAAAAGCUUAUAAUCAGACCCAGUUCGUGAAGAUGGAAGAACACAAUUUCUUUAGCAGUGAAGAGGCAUGUAAUUUCUUUUCUGAUGACCAAGCUCCUACCCUCCAAUGGUACUGCCCUGAUCAAUGGAAUUAGACAAGGAAAACACAAAAGAAACAAGGGCGCAGUAAUAAGAGGCAAUCAAAUAGUGGAGAAGUGGGGGUGGUAUCUUGAAAGAAAAAAGGAAACAAAAGAAGAGAGAGAGAGUUAGUUCCAAGAGUUUUGUAAAAUUAAUGGAAGUAUAGUAUAUAUUAUAUCUAUGUAAUUAAAAAGCUCUAAACUUUGGUCUCCAUUGAAAAAAUUGGAGAAAUGGGUCCAUGAACAAGAAACAAGAAUAAAAGGAAAAGAAAGGGUGAGAUCAAUGGACAAAAAAAUGGCAAAAGAACCCAGAAAAAAGGGGGACUUGGAGCUAGAAAAUAAUGUAAGAGAGAGAAAGAGGGAAAGAGAGAGAGAGAGCACGUGUAGGGGAAAGGUGACGAUGAUAAAUGCGUAGAGAUAUCUUUCUUUUCUUUUCCUCUAAUGAGCCGUGCGGGAAUGAUUAGAUCGUAAUUGGAGCUUUCUUUCCCUCUCCCCUGUAAAAAAGUAGUUAUGGAAGAGAAAGAGAAAAAUCAUCUUUGAAUCCAUGGAGGAAGAAUUCCUGUAAUGGAGAAAUAAUCAUAAGCCUACCUUCUUUUCUC